AUGUGCGUUGGGCAAGAACGCAAGAGACGCCCAGAAGAGGUUGCAUCGCCGCUAGGUCACGACCAGGUUUGCGGCACCUUCAGGUUCAAGGGACGUCCCAUUGUAGCGUGUCCCCGCGUCACGGCAGCUUUUUCUUCUGUAUUCGUUCCGUGUCGAAACCAUUGUUUCUGUCGUCGGCUUUUCGACCUGGAGAGGUUGUCCUUCGACAGCCGGACCUCCUGUUGGCCCCUGGAGAUCCGGCCUGCAGCAACAGGAUCCUUUAGUCCGCCUGGUUCUUGGGCUCCUAAAACAUCCUGCAAUAACAAAACGCAUUCAGCAUAA